AACACAUUCUAUAAUCUUAAACAGUAAUACUCACUGUACUGACCAGUAACACCCCAGGUAAUAAAAAUAUCAUUGUUCUAAAUAAAUGAAUCCGACGAGAAGGUGAAAACGCGUCGGUUUACAAAGCAUCGACUUCGUGAUUUGUAAACGCUUUUUCGACAAAUUUCAUUCGCCGUUGGUUGGCUACCGAAACAACAUUUCUCCUGCACACAUAAACAUACACAGUUGUAAAUACAGUCGAGACUUCGUACGCUCAAAUUGAUGCUUCGUUUAUGACUUUCGAAGUUUCGUUCAGCGGCGCUGUCACUAGAAACAUCCGUACUUCGUUGUUUAAUGUAGUUACUUGGCCGAUGGGAGGACUUCGCCAAUGCAAUUUGCUCCUAUCAUCAGUGUGUGUCGUUUACAAUUUAGUUUAGUUUUACUUUGGUCUUGGUCGUUAACGGUUGUAUAGCGGUGCUGAAUAUUUCGCCGAACGCGCGCUUAACUUGGUGUUAGUGUACAUACCAUAUAUGUAGCAUAUAUAUAUGGCUAUUAUUGAGAAUACCAUAUAUGCACAAAACCGGUAAAAAUACCGUAUUUCAAAGUUGAAGGUGGAAAUAUCUUUGUGGUGGAGUAUAAAGUUGAAUUCCAUAGUAUUGCACGAAUAUGCUUGAGCAGCUUGUAUUGCAAUCGUGUUAGUUUGUUAUUGUUAUUGUAAGUUAUGUGACGAAAGAAAGUAAUAAAUUUAUUCGUGAUGUUAUUUUUGAGCAAAAUGUGUAGUGUUACAAAAUGAAAUGAUAAUCUGCAAAGAAUUCAAAACAAUUUCUAAAGAUUUCGGAAUAUAUUAGAGAUUCAGAGAAAAUUAAAUGAAACUACUACAAAAGUGAAAGUGUUUUUAGAGUUUUUCAAAUUAAGUGCAAAAGUGGCAACAAAACAACGAAGCAUAGCAACAAAUAAGAAACGCAACUUACGCUAUUUAUAUAUUAAAUUAAUUUAGCAAAUUUUACUAAAAUUGGAAAAUUAGGAAGUACAUUUUUUUAUUUUUCUGCAACCGUGAAUAUUUUAUGCACACCGUUAGUUGAGUAUGUAAUAAAAUUGCUUAACUAAUGUUAUUGUAUUCGUCUAUUAAUUUCCGGUCAUUUGAAAACAAAGCCCUAAAAUAUACAAGAUCAGCGAACGCAACAGCUGCUUUUCCAAACCACUGUCACCUACAUAGAAGCAGCAAACAAGUGAAUUACCCUCAGUGGAAUAAAUAGAAAUAAUUGUAACGGUUACGGCAAUAAUAAAAUUAACGCGCCAAAUAUUUCGUUAAAAUGUUGUAAACACGACAAAUAUUUUGAAAUAGUCGCGCAACGAGGCAUACUUUUGGGAGCAUUUUAGACGCCACAAACACCGAAAUGACUAAAAUAAAUAUCCGGAGUCGCGCACAAUAAAUUCGGGGAGCACGAUUGCUUUUGUGCUGCGCGAAACGCGAACGAUGCGCAGCAAAGCGGCGAGAAUGAUAGCGAAAAUAGCGAGAAGAGCAAGAGUAACAGCAAUGAUAAAUACUACCAAUAUAGUAGCGCCGCCGACACACAUAAUGAAAACGAAACAGAAAAGUAAAAUACCAAAAUUUUUGUUAUUAAUUACCGUAAUUUGUGUUAACAACUUUUGGCUGUGGCUUGGCGAAGGCGGAGAUGCUGGCGUUAGUUUACUGCCGUUUGCCUACUGCACGCAUAUGACCGUCACAGCUGGUGAUGCCAUCGCACAUACGUUCACCAUCGAAAUGCGUGGCCAAAAUCACUAUCCCGAUGGUGCUGGAGGCGGCGAUGGCAGUAGUAGCAGCUUGGAGAAUAUGGAUUUGGAGAAUAUAAUGAAUCUGCACGGCUUCGAUCAGGAAGAUGGCACUAGUGGUGUGCCCGUGGAAUCAGAAGAGCGCGAUCAUAUCGCCCAUCAUUUUGAGAUGAAAAAUCAUGAAGAGUUGCUCGAGGAUAUACGAGAUGACGCCUCUACGAAUCUAUUACCUGAUAAAGAUUUACCAAAAUUCGGUGAGCCAUUACAAAAUGUCACAGUACCAGUGGGAAGGGAGGCGGUGCUGCAAUGUGUUGUCGAUAAUCUGCAAACCUACAAAAUUGCGUGGCUGCGCGUCGACACACAAACAAUAUUGACGAUACAAAACCACGUGAUAACGAAAAAUCAUCGAAUGAGUAUAACCCACGCUGAGAAACGUGCUUGGAUAUUGAGAAUUCGUGAUGUUAAGGAAGCGGACAAAGGCUGGUAUAUGUGCCAGAUCAAUACGGAUCCGAUGAAGAGUCAAGUUGGUUACCUGGAUGUUGUGGUGCCACCCGAUAUCCUUGAUUAUCCAACCAGCACAGAUAUGGUGAUACGAGAGGGCGCCAACGUAACAUUGAAAUGUGCAGCAGUUGGCUCACCAACACCGACCAUAACGUGGCGACGCGAAGGUGGCGAACCCAUACCGCUGCCCGACAAUACAGAAGUUAUUGCCUACAAUGGCUCCUUCCUGACGAUCACUAAGGUACAACGCCUCAAUAUGGGGGCAUAUUUAUGCAUCGCUUCAAAUGGCAUACCGCCAACGGUCAGCAAGCGCGUCAUGCUGGUUGUGCACUUCCCUCCAAUGAUUUGGAUACAAAACCAGCUAGUUGGUGCUGCCACCGGCCAAAAUAUAGCACUUGAAUGUCAGUCAGAGGCAUAUCCGAAAUCUAUCAAUUACUGGACGAAAAACGACACGAUCAUAGUGCCAGGUGAACACUUUGCUUCCGAAACCUUUGAGACUGGCUACAAAAUAACGAUGCGAUUAACCAUAAAAGAUGUUGACACAGCGGACUUUGGUUCUUACCGUUGUGUGGCCAAGAAUUCUCUUGGUGAUACAGAUGGCACAAUUAAACUUUAUCACAUUCCACAAACAACGACAGUAACCACAGUAGCACCGACGGUGGCUCUAAAUACGGUGCCAGUGGUGGUUGCGAAAUACAACAAUAAAGAUCAACGUCUCAGUAAAAAAGUUCACCGCACAAAAUCGAAUGUCGCAGAGCAGUCAUCAUUACUGAAUAAUGCUUAUAUUGGUGCCACAUCGAGUUUAUGGAAUUCACACGCCACGGGGCGAGAGCAUAAUCAAUCUCCCGAUCACAGCAACUACCGCAGUGAUACAAAGUCUGCAACAAACAGGCACGAUGCCGACUCACUGACCGAUACCGACGAUGCCAUCCAUGGUGCAGCGUGUACAACAGCUAGUACGCAUGCGCUGCUGCGGUAUGUAGCUGUGGCGAUAUUUAUAAUACUUUGUGCGCGAGUGUAGCAGAUAUUAAAUUAAUUUUAGUUGGUUAAGCAACAUUAAAUACAGUAAACACAAAACCAGGUACAGGAGAGUGCUGUAAUUUAAUUAUUAAGUCAAAUUAAAAAUGUUAAAAAUUAAGUUAGAGAUAAAUAAUAUUAAGUGUAACGCAAAAAAAAAAAAAA